AUGUUGGGGAAGAGUAAGAGAUGUGAAGAGAAGACUGGACCACAUGUCUACAUCAACGUGCAGAGGAUUGGAGUCUUGCUCGGACGGUCCCACGGACCUUUUCCUUGUUUUUCGGUAGAAAUUAGGUCUUUAAUUAAUGAAUGUGUGUACCAAGAAUGUGAAUAUGUUUACCUGUGUUGUCCUUUAGUUUUAAGUUCAGAUUACAGGCGUAAGCCAAAGAAAGACGGGAUACCGACAUUGUUUUCGAGCCCAGAGGAAGAAGAAAUAUCAACCAAACGGAGCCACAUCACCCCUGAACGUUAUAGAAACGAUGAGGAAGAUGUGUUUGAUGCUGACGACGAAGAGGAAAUUCGGCCAAAAAAGAAGUGCAGAAAAGAGAAAUCACAGAUCCUCAUCCAGGCACCCCCACUGCCAGUGCUCCCACCAUUGAACUUUCCAAUCUCCAGCAAGUACCAGACCACUUCAGCCAGUACCAGCCAAUACUACACCACUCCAAGGCAUCCAGGCCGACCUCACAGCCCAGCGAGAAGCAGCACUUACAGGCUCAGUCCAGACAGGAAUCAUGCAUCUAGCUCAAGCCAGUACCAAACCACUCCAGCCAGUAUGAGUCAGUACCAGACCACUCCAAGAAGCAGCAGGAAUGCCCUUGAAAGUGAACUUUUCCAGUUAAACAUGAAAGUUCAAAAACUAGUUGAGAACCAGGGAGAAAUUAUGCGCAUGCUGAGAGGGCUGGCAGCACAGUCUGUGGGGCCAGAAGCUGUGGAUGUUCAAGAUCUCAUUGAGAAGCCUUUCGAGACUCUUGAGCAGCUUAAGACCUUCAGUGAACAGCUCGACACUGAUCUUCUGCUCAGAAAGCAGCUGGUGAAAGCUCUUACUGCUCUUGGUGGGCAGAAUUUGGCAGACACAGUGAGGACAAUGCUGAGGAAAAUUGCCACAAACAAAGUCCUGGAGCAGCUUGGUCUCCGUGGAAAGACAGGCAAAGUGGCAUUUGAGGACUUGCCCUUUUACAGAAUAAUAAUAAAGGCAUGCAGGGGUGUUCACAAACAGACGACCACAGCUGAAGUAGAUUGUGAGCUUGGAGAGGUCCUGAAACUGGCCACUUUUUGAAAGGUUCAAAGUUUGAGGAGAAGAGGAGGAAUUAAGAGGAAGCGACGGCGAAGAAGGGCAAAGGGAGGUGUACAAAGGAAAUGGACAGUGAGAUGAGUGACCAGGAAGUGAAGAAGAAGAAAACAGGGAAAGGGAAAAGAACCAAGCAAACGCCAGUGAGACCAGUGAGCAUUGAGCAGGAAGAGAACCAACAAGAAGGGGCAGGAGUACACUGACGCGCACGACCAAGACCACAGCAUUCCAUUUCUAUUGUAUUAUAAUUAUCACUAAUAAAUAAUUAUUGUUGAA